UGUGUGUGUGUGUGUGAGAGAGAGAGGCAGUCAUUUUGAAGAGAGAGAGAGAGAGAGAGAGAGAGAGAGGUUCCAGAAGGCUUUGGAGCACAGAAAGAAGAAAGAAGACCAACUGCUGCCAGAUUUCUCCUCCCAAUACCACGACACGAAACAAAGUGAAUACUUUCCCCCUGGACAAAGUUGCAGAGAGGCGGCCAUGGACGGGACAACAUUCGGACGCACGUCGCUCCUGUGCACCUUGCUCUGGGCGUUAGUAUGCAUUGUGGCUGCGAGUGUGAAGGUUGCUCCUAAGGUGGAGGUGUUAAAAGGAGAGACCGCCAAACUGCCCUGCACGUACACUGACCCAUCAAGCAUCACUCUCGUCGAAUGGUACAUUGAGGACCAGGGAUCCAGGAAGCGCGUGGCUUUCCGCUCUCAGGGUGGCAAGGCAGAAAGUGACGAGGGCACCCCUCUGACUGGCCGCGUCACUAUUGGGGACGACUUCACCUUGACCAUCUCUUCCACCCAACCCACCGAUGAGCUCGCCUUCUACUGCCAGGUCACAGCUGGCCUCGCCGGGAUCGCAGAUGCCACCACUUUGCUUAAAGUCUUCUUUGCCCCCGAGAAGCCAGAACUCACCAGACCAUCGAGUCAGGCCAUUUCUGUGGGAGAGACUACCAGCUCCGAGAUUGGAACCUGUGUGACGAUGAAUGGACAUCCCCAGCCGAGGAUCAUCUGGUUCAAAGACGACCAGCCCCUACCUGAGUUCAAAGACAGGAAAGAGAAGACCUUCAUGAUUCCCUCGGUGGUGAAGGAGGCUUCGGGUCUCUACACCAUCAAGAGCACCCUGUACAUGCAGCCCACCAAGGCCGACAAGGACUCUGUGUUCCAGUGCACCGUGGAGUACAGCAUGCCAGGGGACAUGAUCAAAGAGAAGAAGUCCGACACCAUCACCAUCAACCUCAACUAUCCAUCCGAGAAAGCGACCUUCUCCCUUCUCAACGCCGAUCAAGUCAAAGAGGGCGACACUGUGAAGAUGAAGUGUGAGACCGAUGGAAACCCUCAGCCCGAGAUUGACUUCACUAAGGACGGCAAAGACAUUACUGGUCAGGGCGGACUCCUGACACUGAAAUCUGUCAAGCGCACAGACGCCGGCGAGUACAAGUGCACAGCCACGGAUUUCGACAACUUGGACGCUGACCUGGGCGGAAAGAUUACUCUCAUUGUCCACUACAUUGACCCGGUGAACGUGAUCCCUGCGGAGCCUCAGGUCGCCAUGCUCGGAGACAAGGUGGAAUGGCAGUGCAAGACCAAGGCCUCUGCUCCACACACUGUUCAGUGGAAAAAGGGUUCUGAUGUGCUCUCCCAGGACGGCACUCUGUCAAUACAAGAUGUUUCCUACGAUAAAGCCGGAGAAUACAUGUGUGUUGGAGCCGUGCCAUCUGUGCCAGGACUGACGGCCCAGUCGAGUGUCAACCUCACUGUCAAAGGAAAGCCGAUCAUUGAGACUCCCGCCGCUGGAGAGGUGGGGAAGGAAGGAGACAUGGUGUCUCUGAAGUGCUCGGCCUACGGCUACCCCGCCCCUCAGUUCACCUGGAAGCCCUCAGGAAAGGAGUCGGUAUCAGUGGAAGGCAACAAGGUGGUGAGCACCGUGACCCUGCAAGCCACAGCUGAGAUCAUGAAGGACGGGGUGACCUGCGAGGUCACCAACGAGCACGGGAGUGAUAGCAAGAGCUUCCCAGUAUCUCUUAAGCGAGCAAUUGGCAACUCGGCCGACAGAGCUGACAAGCAGCAGGGAGGCUCCAGCGGAGUGGUGAUAGCCGUGGUGGUGUGCGUUCUGCUGCUCCUGCUGAUGGUGGCCCUCAUCUACUUCCUGAACAAGAAGAACAAGCUGCCCUGCAGCAAGAAGGGCAAGAAGGAAGUGGCCAGCGGUGAGGUGAACAACGGCAUUGUGGUGGAGAUGAAGACCGACAAGGCCAAUGAAGAGGCCGGUCUCCUCAACAAGAGACCGACCACAGAACAGUGAUGAACAGAGCUGAGGAAAGCAACCGACGGGGGGAUGAUGAAGGGAAGAAGGACACGUGUUAUGAAGACAACAGGACUCAUUUUUAUUUACCACACUAGAGGAGUACUGAGGGGGGCAACAAGAGGUGGAGCGUGGACGAGGGUUUGUUCUGGGGAUACCGGGACGCUCAGCAUGUUUGGCAUUGGUGAUGCUUGUUUUGUAACCUGGAGUAGACCUGUUGGGUGGAGUUUACCCACCUUGCCUUUUUUUUUUUAUAAAUGUUUCAUUUAAGAUUGUGGUUUCUUCAACUCCAUCCAUCUUGUGCUACCACAGGUUCAAAACUGUUCAUGUGCAAAAUCAUAAUGUGACUCAUAAUCACUGGAUGACAUUGUUAGCGUGGCUUCUUUUAUAAUUUCGAACUCCUUAUCCGCCAAUCAAAUCUUUGACUCCGCUGCAGAGUAGAGCUGAACGGCGAGGCACGGCCGACACAGUCCUAACACAAGUGGCGGAAUCUUUUCUCAUCUACCCCAAACGAAACACGAAAUGCCAUUAAGCCACUGUGUUGUUGUCUUUUUUUGGGACUGAGCGUCUAUUCUGUCUUGGAGUCUGCACUUAAACGAUCUGCUCUCUGCCGGGUUUAUCGGGGGCAAAAUUAUCGCGGGCUGUCGUUUUGUUUUCAUUCACCGCAGUAACAAGUGACAAUUUAUGCUCACAACAUUUAAUCCCUAAGCACACGGUUUGGCACACACGCGCCCGUAACCACUACCGCUCUGCGUUUGCUUUAGUGCUGUUUGUUUUAAUUGCAUUUUUGCCACCUGCGAUUGUUUUUAUAUAUAUUUUUUUUUUUUCUUCCAAUCUCCCUAAUUAGCUUCCAGUAGAAACAGCUCAGGCAUUUGAUAACGUCAAUCCUUUCCCUGAGAAUUGCUUGCUUUUUUUUUGUGUUUUUCUUUGAUUCAGCUAAAAGGCCAAGGAACAAGCAAGCUGUAAGGUUGUACAAAUUUGUUCUUGCCAUUUCCAGCAUACUUGUAUAUUAUGUUAGUACGCCGUUUGUUUUUUGAUCUACUUUGCUCUCCUGUUCUCUUUGUGGAUUCAAACACUGAAUCGUUCUGUGCGCGGUGUGGAGCUCGAAAGUGUCUGUGGUUACGAAGCCGCUGCCCUGGGACUGUAAUUGCUAUCGUUUCUUCCCGAGGCUUCUACAGCCUCCUGUCCUUCGCCCCGCAAAGAAAAAAACAUUCUCACGAGCACGCAGCACGCAGCAAGCGGCGGCUCCACUCAGAAGGCCUAAUUAUCAUCGACUUUCACGGUAAAAUUGGUGGAAUUUGGCGAAAUGGUCGACAGUCUCAAGCCGCGGCCCAGCGCUGUGUAUGUGUGGAACAGAGCCACGGUGCAGUGGUCACCGAUUCACCUGUUAGGAGCAAUCGCUGGCGUAGAUUCAGUGUAGUUUGAUACACGCCGGGAAGGGAGGGGAGAGGUGUGCGAGGGACCAGGGUUAAUAUUGCUGGAUUACGUGGUGUACGUUUUAUUUUUGACCAAAUGAAAAGUGAGUUUUUGCGUGUCACAGCAGGAGUGUUCCCGUGUUUUUGGGUUUGCAAUACAGGCAUUUCUGUUUCUCCUCUACGCUGUUUGCAGGCUAGAGAGGUUUUGAUAGCGGGUUGACGUGCCCUUUUACUUUGUUGUACACUGGAACCUAUGGCCUUGAUUUAAAAAAAAAAAAAAAUGAUUUUAAAUUAAAAAAAGGUCGCCUCAAACCACUAUCUGUGCCCUCAAGGCUCUUUUUUUCCAUGACUGUCUUUUUUAGCCCAGCCGGCGAAGAUAGAUGAGAGAGCUUGGAGCAUCUUUUUUUUUUGUUUUUGUUUGUUCAUGUUUUAUAUAAAAAAAUAAUAUUGUGGUAUGCAAGUUCUGUUUUUUUUUUUUUUUUUAAGAAAGGGGAUUCUUUUCUUUUGUAACUACUGAGUUUUCAUUUUCCCAUGAUUUUCCACUCAUUGAGAGAAGAGUUUGGUGUUGUUUUUUUUUAUUUAGGAUUCCUAAUGAGAUAUUCUCAGUGCUUUACUUCUCUCGCUGUACUGUAUACUGUAUAUUUUGUGGUACACUGUUGUGACCUCUGUGGUGUGUUGAUGUAUCCUUUGUUUUUAUGGUUUUUUUCCGACUGUAGAGUUUAUAAUGAAAGAAAAUACAAUCACA